CUGCCAGCUGCCACCAUGACCAGCAGCAUGGGAAGACGCCGAGUAUAAAGUGGAAAUGCAAACUGGACUUGGGACCAAAACCUUUCAGGAAUUAUCUCAGCUUCAGUCCAGCAGUGACACUCUUCUGUUCCACUCUCAUUGCUGUUGGGGUGCUUGCUUAUUCCAGAAAGAUCACUGCAACACUGCUUGAAAACUCUGAAAGGUGGGCUCUUAGCAACCUCCUCGGGAGCAUUUACGAGCCACUUCCAUUCAACAAUUGAGCGAGCCAGGCCACUUGGGCAGCCUCACUGAAGCCCACAACUGUGUCAAGAUGACUGACAAUAUCUUCUUGUUUGAGGGGAUCCGGAUGGUGUCUGACUUCCUUAGUGUGGAGUCUCUGUCUUUUGCUCAGAACUUUUUGGUGAAAGAUGAUGAUGUCAUCAUAGUGAGCUACCCUAGAUCAGGAACACACUGGAUGAUUGAAAUGGUCAGUCUGAUUAUCUCCAAAGGGGACCCUACUUGGGUCCAAACUGUCAAAAAUUUUGCCAGGUCUCCAGGGCUUGAGUCUAAAGAUGAGCAGAAACUAUUGCUAGACCAGGCUGGACCACGUCUCAUGAGUACACAUCUUCCCAUACAACUGUUUCCCAAGUCUUACUUCACAUCCAGUGCUAAGGUUAUCUAUGUCAUCAGGAAUCCAAGAGAUGUUGCUACAUCUCGCUAUCAUUUAAGAAAACAUUUUCACCUUUUGAAGAAUCAACAGACUUUUGAUGAAUAUCUUCGUGCAUUUAUCCAAGGUGAUGUGAUUUUUGGAUCCUGGUUUGAUCACACACUUGGAUGGUUAACCAGGAGAGACACAGAGAACUUUCUACUAAUGUCCUAUGAGGAGCUACAGAGGGACCUCAGAGGCAGCACGCAAAAAUUGUGUCAAUUUCUGGGCAAACAUCUGACUCCAGAACAGCUUGAUUCUGCUGCCCGAAACUUGUCCUUUUCAGUCAUGAAAGAGAAUAGCAUGUCCAACAGCCUAAUGCUAAGAAAUCCCAAAGAUGGCACUGUCUCCAAUAUACCAUUGCUGAGAAAGGGCAUCUGUGGUGACUGGAAGAAUCUCUUCACUGUGGCUCAAAGUGAAGCCUUUGACAGAGUCUAUCAGGAGAAGAUGUCGAUGCUGGAUCCUGGUCUCUUCCCCUGGUCGACACGAUGUUGAUCAAUGCCCCCAUCCACCUAACCCCUCGCCACUCUGCACACCCUCAUCCCGGAUAGGGUUUCUUAGUGUAGUCCUGCUGUGCUGGACCUAGCUCUGUAGACAGGCUGACCUCGAACUCAGAGAUCUGCCUGCCUCUGCCUCCUGAGUGCUGGGAUUAAAGGUAUGCACCACCAAUGUCUGGCUGUCUGGUUAAAAGACUCUAAACAUUUUAAGGAC